GCCUAUAGCUCAAAAAUAAAUUAUUAAACUAUCGAUAAAAUAUUAAAUAAAAAAUAUAUUUAUAAAAAACGCAUAGCACUUAAACAAUUGCUAAUGCCACCAAAAUAUAAUUUUCUGCUUUGGCUUCUCAACAUUAACAUUGUGUGUUAGUCAUUACAAGAAGAACGAAAAAAUUUUUAUGUUGUUGCUAUCUAUUUUAAUCAAUUAGUCGAACAAGAAAUUGUUUAAGCAGAAAAAUAACUAUAGCAUUGCGUUUACUUCUACGUGCUUGAACGAAUUAUGUAAUUAAAACUCGCUUAUCGCAGGUUAAAAACGAAUUCGUUAUGCUGUGUUAAUUACUUUUGGAUCAUCCCCUUAGAUACCUAAUUAAUUUCCCACACCGCAUGCAUAGCAUAUUUGUGCACUUAUUAAAUAACGGAGUAUUUAUACAACUGUAUUGGGGUUAAAUGUAUACACUUUCCUGUCAAAAUUCAUCGCGCGCGCAGUUCUACUUAUCUAACUAAUGAAAAAUACUAAAGGAACCAAGAAAAUCUUUAAAUCCUAUUGCAGUGGCAAUGUAAAACAGUUUCUAAGGGAGUCGACUUUGCAUGGUCUGAAAUAUUUGGCUGACGACAGCAUUACCAUAUGGGAAAAGUCAUUCUUUCUCUGUGCUUUUCUAGCGGCCAUCAUAGCCACAGUCAACUUGAUAGCGAAUGUCUACGCCAAAUGGGAUAGCACACCAGUUAUUAUUGGCAUAAGUCCGCAUCCCACUUCCAUACUCAAUACACCAUUUCCUGCUAUUACCGUUUGUAAUAUGAAUCAAGUGUUGGCAAGUCGUGUAGCGAAUUAUACAUCUGAAUCUAACGAGGCCGUCCUACUAAAACUACUUUGUAAUCCGGAUACUAUUUUAGAUGAAAAGUUCGUGGAGGAUCCAUAUUUCAAAAAUAAUAAUUUGUCAUUUACAACUUUUUUAAAGAAGCACGCUCAACCAUGCUCAAGAAUGUUACUCUCUUGCUCAAUUGGUUCAGCUGUAAAAAACUGUUCAGAUUUAUUUCAUGAAAUUAUAGCCGAUGAGGGUCUUUGUUGCGUCUUCAACGUUCUACAUCCGGAUUUUUUAUUUACCGGCAACACUAAAAAAUUAAUAAAUAAGUAUAAACGCAAUGACAAUAUUGAAGCAAUCGAUUGGAAUCCUGAAAGUGGUUAUCCCGAGCAUUUGCCGCCAAAUUACUAUCCAUCUGCAGCCGCCGGAACGGGUGUGUCAAUGGGUCUGUCUUUGAUAUUAAAUGCCGAGCUUGAAGACUACUAUUGUUCAACCACAAAUGGACCGGGAUUUAAGAUCGUCAUGCAUAGCCCCAUCGAAGCAACAAAAAUGAAAGAGACAGCACUUAUAUUACCAAUCGGCUUCGAGUCUCGUUUACGCAUUGAUGUCGUUAGUAACGAAGCAACAGCAAACUUGCGUACGCUGCAAAGCAAUGAGCGUCAAUGUAUCCUCAAAGAUGAAGUGCAUUUACUAUAUUUUGCACAUUACUCACGUCGCAAUUGCGAGAGUGAAUGUCAAGUAAAGUUCCUCUAUGAGCAAUGUAAAUGCAUACCAUUUAAUUUACCGUUGAUUUUCGAAAAUGCUACCAUAUGCGGCGUGCAGCAAGCUUUCUGCAUUUAUAUGGCCGAAGAUAAGUGGCUGAGAGGCGAUGAUGUGGUGGCGUCUUGUCGUAAAUUUUGUUUGCCCGCUUGCUUCGAUCUUGACUACAAUGCAGAUGUUACUGCGACUCCGCUGCGUGCAUAUAAUUAUUUAACGCCACCGAGUAUACUACGCAACAUGUCGAUGGAGUAUGUUAAUAAAAAUGUGGCAGUGGUGCACUUUUAUUAUCGCGAGUCUGUAUUCCAUGGUGAUUUGAAAAAUGUCUACGUUGGAUUUACCGAAUUUCUAUCUAACACUGGCGGCAUUAUGAGCCUAUUUAUGGGUUUCAGUUUCAUAUCUGUGGCCGAAAUAAUUUAUUUUGCUUUUAUGCGUCCGUUAUUUGAUUUAGUUUUGCCAUUAAUCAGCAAGCGGAUGAUUCAACCGCGAGCAGGCUAAAUUAGGGGUUUGAGGUAAGGUUUUGAUUUUGAAAUUUAGACUAGUUAAAGCUUGUUGUUGUAAGUAACAAGUGAACUAACUCAAAAAUUCUACUUUUUGAUAUGACAUAUAUUUAAAAAAUGUUCAAAGCUUAUAUAUUUAACUUGCAGCAUAAGCUGUAGCAAUAUUGUGUUAUAUAUCCUUUGAGACAGUGUUUUUUGCCCGAUUUCAAAUUUUGAGUUGGUACACUUUUUGAAGUUUGUCUGCAACAUGAGUAUGGAAAAGAAAAUGCUGAAGAAAUUUUAAUCUUGUCAUCAUUUCUUGUUUUGGCGAAAAUGCCUGCAAACUUGUCUCAAAACAUUUUGUAUUAUCUCCAUUUCUCUCCACAGACCUCGUUUUCAACCAAAUGGUCGCAUUUUGAUUUCCAACAGAGCGUGAAAAGUGAUGUUUUGAACUACGCCUCAAAUCUUUCAAAAUUGUAGCUAAGAGAAUAAAAUUAAAAUAUAGCGUAAAUCUGUAAAUAAAUUGACUCUCAUUUU